ACUACUUAUAUACCGGAUCAAACCAAGUGGUUAUCGGGUGAUGUGAAUCAUUCAUUAUUUCGUUAGGUGAGAGAGGGUGUUUUCGUAAAAGUAUCUAAAAACGGCCUUAGCAAUGAUGUCUGGUUGGCGAGAAACUCAAAAAGGAGGAGACAGAGAAAGUUGUUUGACUGGGAAAAUUUGAAGAGACGAGCCAAAAUUAUCUGUUUGAAACGAACGGAAUUGAAGACGAGAGCCACUCCUUUCCGUUUCCACCUUUCUUCCAUUCUUACUCAACUUUCCAUGAUUGGAGUUGUAUAUAAGGUUCGAGGAAUAAAGUAAGGCUACUUUUUUUAUUUGAUUUCCGAUAUGGAGUAUGCGUCUACUUUUCAAAGGCCGAUUCUAUUCCAUGGUGGAGAUGGUGCGAGUUACUGCUUUCCAAAUCGAUUGAUAAGUCCUAAAGGAAUCAGCAUUACAUCUGGGGAUUCUAAAGUGCAUUCGUGUUUUCGAUUGAGGAGAAAUGUAGCACAAAGUGGUACAUUGAAUUUGAUGAAUGCGUGUUUCUCUGGAAGGUUUUAUAGUGGUCAUUUGCAUUCUACAAAAUCAAUACUUGGCAAUGGCCACCAAGCCAAAAGAAUCCCUUUUGGAUUUAGGUUACGUUGUCAGGGUCAUGAAUCUCUGGGUAAUGCCGAUAGUAAUGAUCAUCGGAUCGGGGAAUCUUCCGAAAGUAGUGAUGAAACUGAAGCUACAGAUUUGAAAGAUGCGAGAGUGGAAAACGACACUGAUAGUUUGGAGGAACUCAAGGAGUUACUACACAAGGCAAUUAAAGAAUUGGAAGUUGCUAGGCUCAAUAGUACCAUGUUUGAGGAAAAGGCUCAGAGAAUCUCAGAAAGAGCCAUAGCACUCAAGGAUGAAGCUGCUACUGCUUGGCUUGACGUAAACAAAACCCUUGAUGUCAUUCGAGAUACUGUUUAUGAGGAGGCUCUUGCUAAAGAAGCUGUUCAAACGGCUACUAUGGCCCUGUCUCUGGCUGAAGCUAGGCUUCAGGUUAUAGUGGAAUCACUUGAAGCUGGUGCAGGGAAUGAUAUUCCACAUGUGUCUGAAGAGACUGAGGAAACAAUAGAUGUUAAUGAUAAAGAAGAAGCUCUUUUAGCUGCCAAGGAUGAUAUUAAAGAAUGCCAAGUUAAUUUAGAUAAUUGUGAGUCCCAACUGAGUGCUUUGCUGAGCAAAAAAGACGAGCUGCAAAAGGAAGUGGACAAGUUGAAUGAGUUCGCUGAGACAAUACAGAUCAGUUCGUUGAAAGCCGAGGAGGAUGUUACCAAUAUUAUGAAAUUGGCUGAACAAGCUGUAGCAUUUGAGCUUGAGGCUACUCAACGCGUUAAUGAUGCAGAGAUUGCUUUACAGAGAGCAGAGAAGUCUCUCUCCAUUUCUCAGACCCCAGAGGAAACUCAGGGCCAACUCUCGGAUGAAGAAACUUCUCAGGAGGAUGCGAUGGUACUUUCAGGUAACGUUGAAGAUGUUACCCAUCAGGUUGAAAAAGAAUCACCUAAAGAUGGAGAUCUACCAGUGGUACAGAUCACAGCUGAACUUGUGCCUGAUAUAGUUGGUCAGAGGAAUAAAAAACUAACUCAGCCUUAUGAGUCAAGCGAUCAUGAGAAUGGAAAGCCAAGUGUAGAGUCUUCUAAAGUGGUUGAAGCAGAUUCUGAAAAGCCAAAGAUUAAUGUUCAGACAAAAAAACAGGAAACUCAAAAAGAUCUGCCAAAGGAGGGUUCCUCUCUUAAUUCUCCCAAGGCAUCGUUUAAUAAAUCCUCCCGUUUCUUUUCUGCAUCUUUCUUCUCUUCUAAUCCAGAUGGGACCGCGACAGUGUUUGGUAGUCUGGUUGGUUCUGUCAAACAGCAAUGGCCCAAACUAGUUCUUGGGCUUGCUCUUCUUGGAGCAGGACUGACAUUAUACUCCAAUGGAGUAGGGGGGAACAACCAGUUGCUUCAACAGCCAGAUGUUACCAGCACUAGUACAGAAGAUGUCUCUUCAAGUACGAAGCCACUGAUCCGGCAAGUGCAGAAACUUCCCAAGAGAAUUAAGAAACUACUUGAGAUGAUCCCUCACCAGGAGGUCAAUGAGGAAGAAGCUUCCCUCUUUGACUUUUUGUGGUUACUGCUAGCAAGCGUCAUAUUUGUGCCUCUAUUUCAGAAAAUUCCUGGAGGCAGCCCUGUUCUUGGGUAUUUGGCAGCUGGAAUUCUGAUUGGUCCGUAUGGUCUUUCGAUAAUCCGUAAUGUGCACGGAACCAGGGCCAUCGCAGAAUUUGGAGUAGUUUUCUUGCUUUUCAACAUCGGCCUUGAGCUAUCUGUUGAAAGACUGAGUUCCAUGAAGAAAUAUGUUUUUGGAUUAGGCUCAGCUCAGGUUCUGGUGACGGCAGCAGUAGUUGGAUUGCUUGCCCAUUAUGUUGCUGGUCAGGCUGGUCCAGCAGCAAUAGUGAUUGGAAAUGGCCUGGCUCUGUCGUCCACUGCUGUUGUCCUUCAGGUUCUACAAGAACGAGGCGAGAGUACAUCUAGACAUGGAAGGGCUUCAUUUUCCGUCUUGCUUUUCCAGGAUCUAGCUGUAGUUGUUUUACUGAUUCUCAUCCCACUUAUUUCACCUAAUUCAUCGAAAGGAGGGAUUGGAUUUCAAGCCAUUGCUGAAGCUCUUGGGCUUGCUGCAGUCAAAGCAGCAGUGGCUAUUACUGCAAUAAUUGCUGGUGGCCGUCUACUUCUUCGACCAAUCUACAAGCAAAUUGCAGAAAAUCGAAACGCCGAGAUAUUCUCUGCCAACACGCUUCUCGUUAUUCUUGGGACUAGUUUACUGACAGCUAGGGCUGGACUUUCCAUGGCAUUAGGAGCGUUUUUGGCUGGUCUACUCCUUGCAGAGACAGAAUUUUCGUUGCAAGUAGAAUCAGAUAUUGCUCCAUAUCGUGGUCUUCUGUUGGGACUCUUCUUCAUGACGGUUGGAAUGUCAAUUGAUCCGAAAUUACUUCUCUCCAACUUCCCUGUCAUAGUGGGAACUUUGGGACUCUUGAUAGUGGGCAAAACUAUGUUAGUCGUGAUUAUGGGAAAAUUGUUCGGCAUAUCAAUAAUAUCUGCAAUUCGGGUCGGUCUACUAUUGGCCCCAGGCGGAGAGUUUGCAUUUGUUGCUUUCGGAGAAGCUGUUAAUCAGGGUAUAAUGUCUCCUCAGUUAUCUUCGUUGCUAUUCCUUGUCGUGGGAAUCUCAAUGGCUAUCACACCCUGGUUAGCUGCUGGUGGCCAGUUAAUUGCAUCUCGUUUUGAGUUGCAUGAUGUUCGAAGUUUAUUGCCCGUCGAGAGUGAGACAGAUGAUUUGCAGGGUCACAUAAUUAUUUGUGGAUUUGGUCGAGUUGGUCAGAUAAUUGCUCAACUUCUCUCGGAAAGACUUAUCCCAUUUGUUGCCCUUGAUGUCAGCAGUGAUAGAGUGACUAUCGGGCGUUCCUUGGAUCUUCCUGUUUAUUUCGGAGACGCUGGUAGUAAAGAGGUUCUCCACAAAAUUGGAGCUGGGAGAGCAUGUGCUGCUGUGGUUGCCUUAGACGCACCAGGAGCAAACUACAGAUGUGUUUGGGCUUUGAGCAAGUUUUACCCCAAUGUCAAAACUUUUGUCCGUGCUCACGAUGUUGUUCAUGGUCUUAAUCUAGAAAAAGCCGGUGCUACUGCAGUUGUCCCGGAGACUCUGGAGCCUAGUCUACAGUUGGCAGCUGCUGUUCUUGCUCAGGCAAAAUUACCGACAUCGGAAAUUGCAAACACGAUUAACGAGUUCAGAACCCGUCACUUGUCUGAACUGACCGAGCUAUGUGAAGCAAGCGGAAGCUCUCUAGGCUAUGGGUACUCUAGGACGAGUAAGCCUAAACCUCAACCAUCGGAUGCAUCUGGCGAUAACCAGAUAAUCGAAGGAGGCACAGUCGUAAUCUGAUGACGUUCUCCAUUCUGGUGAGAAAAAGAAGAGUAUUUCUCCUUUGGUGUUCUUCUUAAACCACCAUCACCAACUUGGGUUGCAGUGCGUGGUGAAGUGAUGGAUCCAUCAGAUGAUGUGUAGUGUGACUAAUAUAUUCAUUAUAUGUUCAGUACAUAUCUCUCAUUUAAGUCUUUGAUCUCAGAACAAUUAGAUUUGAACAAAUGCGUAGCAAUCGAUUCUCGGCGGCAGUAAUAACAAAUGAAACUACAUCCCGUUCUUGUACUACAGAUGUGAACACCUUGCAGUUGUUGGUAAAAGACUGAAUGGGCCUUCUUUUCUUUGACUUCGAC